CAUUAUCAAGCAGAACCUGUAAAAGGGUCUCAUGACUCCUUUAGCUUCUAUAUCGAUGAAGCCUCUCCAGUUGGACCUGAACAACCAGAAACUGUCCAGAAUUUUGUCUCUGUAUUUGGAACUGUGGCAAAAAAGUUGAUGAGAAAGUGGUUGGCAACACAAACGAUGAACUUUACUAGCCAGCUGGGAGCAGGCAUACGAUAUUUUGAUCUCAGAAUUUCCACUAAACCCAGAGACCCUGACAAUGAGCUUUAUUUUGCUCAUGGUUUAUUCAGUGCUAAAGUCAAUGAGGGCCUUGAAGAAAUCAAUGCAUUUCUCACUGACCACCCCAAAGAAGUAGUCUUCUUGGACUUCAAUCAUUUCUAUGGGAUGCAGAAAUACCACCAUGAAAACCUGGUCCAAAUGCUCAAAGACACCUUUGGAAUUAAAAUGUGCCCAGCUAUAUUUGCCCAUGAAGUAAGUCUCCAGUACCUGUGGGAAAAGGAAUACCAAGUGUUGGUGUUUUAUCACAGUCCAGUGGCUCUUGAGGUACCAUUUCUUUGGCCAGGUCAGAUGAUGCCAGCUCCUUGGGCAAACACAACAGAUCCAGAAAAACUGAUUCAGUUUCUCCAGGCGUCAAUCACUGAGAGAAGAAAGAAGGGCUCUUUUUUCAUAUCUCAAGUGGUUUUGACCCCGAAAGCUAGUACUGUGGUAAAAGGGGUUGCCAGUGGUCUCAGAGAAACCAUCACAGAAAGAGCUCUUCCUGCAAUGAUGCAAUGGGUCCGAACCCAGAAACCAGGAGAAAGUGGCAUCAAUAUUAUCACUGCAGAUUUUGUAGAACUUGGCGACUUCAUCAGCACUGUCAUAAAACUCAACUAUGCGCUGGAUGAAGGGGAAGUUGACACUACUUGAUAGUACUGUAAUAUGUUUGCUGUGCAUUAAAUAGAUUUUAAAAUGUAUUAGAAAAAUAUCUUGUAACGCUCUGAUCUUCCUAUAACACUGAAUCUCUGAAGUGUUUAGGGCUUUUUGUGGGUGGGCAAAAGGGUACCAUUUUCAUUGAUUAAUCAUUUUCUAUGCUAAUAAACCCAUGCAUUUUUCAUUUGACAAGCAAAACAGGAUCUAUUGACAAAUUUAAACAAAAGAAAUCACUAAAAUCUUUUCCAUGAAAUACCAAAUAUAAUUUCUGUGUCUUACAUUUGACUUUAUUAACAGUGCCAAGAAAUGUGCUAUAUACAGAAUUAAUAGCUAUAUAUUGUUCUCUGUCUGCAAAGGGGAUUCCACAAUAUGAACACUUGUGCUGCUGACUGAGGGCAGUAUAUUACCUUGAUGCUUUUAGUCCAUGUCCUCCAUCCAUGAGACAACAUAGCUGAUUGCAUUUAUUAGUGGACAUCAGGUUUACUGGGCUUUGUGAAGCAAAGUAAAUAUGAAGUCAUGCCUUCAACAUUCAUAUGGUUGACAGUAAACAUAGCCACAUUAGGUAGUCUCUGCAGAGUAUCAGCUAAAUCUUGGUCACCUUUCAUACACAGUAGGGGAUUUUCAGAAGUGCCUCUUCUCCUGUUGAAGUUAAAAAGAUAUACAGUAUUGACCUAAUUCUGCUGUCAUACAAGUCAGUGGAAGCUUGUCAUGGACUUCAAUGGGAGUAGGACUAGGUUAAUAUUGACCACUUUUAAAAAUCCUUCCUAUGGGUGGACCUAUUAGAGGUCUGAUAAAAGGUAUAUUGAAGUUAACAGGCCAUUUUCCCAUAGUGAACAUUGGAUCAAUUUCUAAAUCAUUCGUAUUCAUAUGCUUAAAAUGAACGGGAUUUGUUUGUAUCAAUAGGAAUGUGCUUUCUGUGGGAAUACAUCUAUACAACCUAAAAACUGAUUUUUUUAAUAUGAAGGUGCAGUAUACAUUCUCUUUCAGGCAGCUAUAAACACAGAAUAGUUAUCUGCUGAUUUAAACAAUGGUGCCAAUUCAGGAAUGAAAAAAAUGUUGUAUUAAACAGUGCAGGAGUUCAAUGAGUAGCAACUAACUUUAUAGCCCUUUCUGUGUGGCUCACAGUAAAUCAUGAGAAGAGGUAUGGAUUGCCUUACAUGGCACUAGUCAUUCUAUUAUUUAAGAAACAUACACAACUCUAAUACAUGAAAAUGUUGGUGAAGCAUAGCAAAAUAAGAGCAGUGUCAUUGUAGGGUUUCAACAACUCAAGAACUGGAAUACAGUUGGUUGUAUGUAGUAUAUGUACUGAUAUGCAUGCAUGUCAUUUGUUAAUGCAAAACAUACCAUGUCUACAAAUAACAAACUACACAGCAGUACAAGAAGACUGCUCUUGAUGGGUUAGGCUUUAUAAGACAAAACUAAGUGGCUUCUUUACUCAGUCAAGCUUCCUUUGAUAGGGGUUAUCUGACCCCAGCAGUCUUUCCUGCCCAGAGCAGUGGGGCUGGACCCAAUGAUCUCACAAGGUCCCUUCCAGCCCUAAACUUCUAUGAAUCUGUGAAUCAGUGAAACAUUUGAUUGAGUAAGGAGUAAGCAUGGUGUUAUUCUGCUCUUUGCUAACCUCCAUCUAAAAUAUGAGGAAACAUGACUGGAAAAGAAGAAAAUAAUGUCACUAGACAGAUGUAUUUUUCAUUAACAAAAUAUUAGAAUAAAAUAUAAACUUGUUGAUAUUUGGUACUUGGAGAUGUGCUGGAAGGGGUGUGUGCAUGUAUAUAUACAGUGAAGCCAAAAAUAUUACAUGCAUGUACAGGGUAAAAUAUCCACACAUUCAUAACUAUAUCCAGGUUUUAAGUAUCAGAGCAACAAAUGAAAGAAAGUAAAUAUACACCAUCUCUUUCAUUAGUGGUCUCUGUGUAGUGAUUAGGGCUAUUUGAAACAAUAACAGUGAAACAGCAAAACUGGGCCAGUUUAGUUUGUUUAUGAACCCAAAACUUUACUAAAACUGACUAAAAAGUUUGCUGAAGUUCACAAAUGCUCUCUCUUCCAACAGAAGACAGAGAGGGGCGUUAUGGUUUCCACCCAAUCCAGACAACAUUCCGUAGGGUGUUGGGCUGAAUUUUGUUUUCCAUUUACAGAUCCUUUCAAAUGAAAAUUGAACGAGUGUGAAAUAAUCAAUUACGCAUAGCAAUCAGUUUUGCAGUGCCCAAUGCAUAUUAAAACUGCCACGUUUUGCACAAUUUUUGAGGCAGUGCCUUUUUCUAUAAAACAGGGUGUCCCCAGUGGUGUCAGGCUACAAAUUCUUUCUUUACUUCUUGGAGAUAUGAGUUAGGAAGCUGGUUUAUGAGCCUUUUUUUAAUUUCUACUGUCAUUUUUGUCAUUUUUCAGUUAUUUGUGGUCAAACAUUUUAACUAAAUGGGAGUAUUACAUAUACAUGUUUUGAGCUUUGAUAAUAUUUAGGGUAUGGCAAAACAUAAAUCUAAUUUGCUUUUUAAUUUGUAAGCAGGUUUCUAAAUAUAUGUACUUAAGAGCCACAAUAUUGAUUUCCUCUUGGAACCCUGAGACAAGCACACAUACAAUGCCAC